AUGGCCGGCUGCUGGCAGUGGUGCCACCACACCUGUGUGUGCUGUCUGUCCGAGGAGGAGAAGAGGACCAUCGCUGUGGACAAGGAGAUCAAGAGGAUCCUCAAGCAGCAGAAGAAAAAGGAGAGAAGGGAAAUUAAAAUCCUCCUGUUGGGGACCGGGGAGAGUGGAAAAACCACCUUCAUCCGACAGAUGAGGAUCAUCCACGGGCGAGGCUUCUCAGAGGAGGAGAGGAAAGCCUUUGCCAAAUGUAUCUUCCAGAACAUCUUCACGGCCAUCAAGGCCAUGGCUGGAGCCAUGGCCGCGCUCAAAAUCCCCUACUCCAACCCGGAGAACGAGAUGUUUGCUAAAUGGCUGCAGGACAUAAACACUGUGCAAAUCACCCAGCUGGAACGGGGCUACGUCGAGGCAAUCCGCCGCCUCUGGGCAGACCCGGGCAUCCGGGUCUGUUACAGCCGCCGCUGCGAGUACCAACUCCUGGACUCCACAGAGUACUACAUGAGUAAUCUGGAACGCAUCUCCGGCCAAGACUACAUCCCCACAGAACAGGACGUGCUGCGAGUUAGAUUCCCCACCACGGGCAUCCAUGACUAUUCCUUCACCAUCAAAACCAUCACACUAAGGAUUGUGGACGUGGGCGGUCAGAAGUCGGAGCGUCGGAAGUGGAUCCACUGCUUUGAAAACGUCACCUCCCUCAUCUUCCUAGCCUCCCUCAGCGAGUACGACCAGGUCCUGGAGGAGAGAGAGACCAUAAACCGAAUGUGUGAGAGUCUGGCUCUGUUCUACACCACCAUCCAUUCCCCCUGGUUCCUCAACACCUCCAUCAUCCUCUUCCUCAACAAGACCGACAUCCUGGCUGACAAAAUCCAGACCUCUGACCUGCAGAAAUACUUCCCCAGCUUCACAGGUAAGAGGCGAGACCCCGAGGACGCCAAGAACUACAUCCGCAAGUUGUACGAGCAGCAGGCCAUCAACCGCGACAAGAGGGACGAGUGGAAGACUCUUUAUCCGCACUUCACCUGCGCCACCGACACCAGCAACAUCCGCAGGGUCUUCAGCGACGUCAAGGACACAGUGCUGCUCAAGUCUCUCAGGGACUACGGAGUCAUCUGA